AUUUGAAAAUUCACCGCGACUUUCGGUUAUAAACAAAAAUCCUAACAUUUCCGGCAAACGCGGUAUCAAAACAAAUUGAUCAAUCUCCAGCUGCGUGCAUCUCACAACUUCAUUUCUCAAUUCUGUACGAAUUCUUUCCAUACCAAAUCACCGAUCCAGAACUUUGACUUUCCUGUCUUCAAUCUGCAGCGGAGGACCGACCGAUCAAAAUUUUGUCUCCAGUUGUACGUUUCUUUCGCAAUUUUAUGUUUCUGCAUUUAAUUUGUGUGCAGAAACAGGGACGAGUUUAAGAUCACACCGAAAUUCAACGUUCGAUCUGGGUCUUGUUGAGAUAGACCCUGGUUCUAGGGAUUUCGAGCGAUUGGAUCUGAUUUUUUGAACCGAUCGAGAAUGGGAGUGGACUAUUACAACAUGUUGAAGGUGGAUAGGAACGCCAAUGACGACGAUCUCAAGAAGGCCUAUAGAAGGUUGGCCAUGAAAUGGCACCCUGAUAAAAACCCCAACAACAAGAAAGAAGCUGAAACCAAAUUCAAGCAGAUCUCCGAGGCCUAUGAGGUGUUGAGUGACCCUCAGAAGAAGGCAAUUUAUGACCAAUAUGGUGAAGAAGGGCUAAAAGACAUGCCACCACCGGGCAGUGGAAGCUUCCCGUUCGGAAAUGGAGGCAGCGGUGGGUCGAGCGGGUUUAAUCCGAGGAAUGCAGAGGAUAUUUUUGCAGAAUUUUUUGGGAGCAGCCCUUUUGGGUUUGGUUCAUCUGGGCCUGGGAAGUCUAUGAGGUACCAAUCAGAGGGAGGAAUUUUUGGGGGAUUUGGUGGAAGUGAGAACAUUUUCAGAACAUAUAGUGAAGGUGUAACACCAAAGAAACCCCCACCAGUUGAGACCAAAUUGCCCUGCACUCUUGAGGAGCUGUACUCAGGAUCAACCAGGAAAAUGAAGAUUUCAAGAACUAUUGUGGAUGCCAAUGGGCGACAAAUCCCCGAGACGGAGAUAUUGACGAUCGAUGUGAAGCCCGGUUGGAAGAAGGGAACGAAGAUCACUUUUCCAGAUAAAGGGAAUGAACAGCCAAACCAACUGCCUGCAGAUCUGGUAUUUGUUAUUGACGAGAAGCCCCAUGAUGUUUUCAAAAGAGAUGGCAAUGACAUCAUUAUGAACCAUAGGGUGUCAUUAGCAGAGGCAUUGGGUGGAACCACUGUAAGUCUUACCACGCUCGAUGGUCGUAACCUUUCGAUACCCGUAUCAGACAUUGUAAGCCCAGGCUACGAGCUCGUCGUCGCCAAAGAGGGAAUGCCAAUAGUAAGAGAGCCAGGCAACCGGGGCGAUUUGAAGAUCAAAUUUGAAGUAAAGUUCCCAACAAGAUUAACUCCCGAGCAGCGAGCAGGACUCAAACGCGCCCUGGGAGGUUGAUGAAGAAGGUAUCGCUGAUACAUUCAAUAUGCCAUUGUUGAAAGAAACAGUAAUAGGGUGGGUCAAGAAAAUCAUAUGCCCACACAAGUUUAGAUAUCAAAACAAACUCUUGUAACUUACCCGAUCAUUCUUCUUUCAUUUGUAAGCCAUAACCUUCUCUUCUCCUUCUCCAA